AUGACAACUGUAAUACGUAUACUCGUAUAUGGUUGUGCAACCGAUCAUUAUGACGAGUAUAUUAAAAUCAGUGAGAGCACUGCCAUUGAAACCCUGAUGACAUUUUGUAAGGCUGUUAUUGGUGUGUAUGGGGAAGAGUACAUGCGCCCACCCAACGAAGUCAACAUAGCACGACUACUUCAAGAAGGGGAGGAGAGAGGAUUCCCGGGUAUGCUUGGUUCUAUCGACUGUAUGCACUGGGAGUUGAAAAAUUGUCCAGUGGCGAAAGGACGUUUUCAUACGGAUACGCUCAUAUUGGAGGCGGUUGCCUCAAAAGAUUUAUGGAUCUGGCAUGCAUUCUUUAGAAUGCUUGGUUCACACAAUGAUAUUAACGUGCUAGAUCAUUCUCUGGUAUUCGACAGUAUCGCUAUUGGCCAAAUUCCUUUGACCAUCCCGCACCCAACUACAGUAAAAGAAAAACUUUUUGCUAAAAGACAAGAGGCCUGUAGGAAAGAUGUGGAACGAGCUUUUGGGGUCUUACAGAGGAAGUGGACAAUAACACAUGGACCAGUGCAUUUUUAG